UCUCAACUCAAAAGCUUUGAAGAAACAGAGAAGUUUAAUUGUAAGCCAAAGACUGAUAAAGUAAUGAAAACUGAGUCCCCAUCGUUUUCUGCAACCAGUUAUGUCACAUGUUAUGCUUGUGGUCGCAAAGGUCAUAUCAUGAAGGAUUGUCCUGACAAAACUGGGAGUGAAACAAGAAAGUGGUGCUCGUAG